GUUGAUAGCACAACAGAUAUGAAACGUCAAUUACUGAAAUUUGCCGAAAUGUACAACUUUAGAAGAAAGAAAUUUCAAUUGAAGCCAUUCAGCAAUAAAGUAACAAUUUAUGUCGCUAUUCUUAUGUCAAUAACGCCAAUAAUUGUCAUAGCAUUCAAUAAUGGAAUGUUUCUUUUUGCUAAGAAUCCUCCUCCAAAUGGCUCAAGUUACGAUUCUCAUAUUGAAAAAGUAAAGUUUUAUACGAGAAAAUAUCUUUCAAAUACUCCAGAAAAAAUAUUGCCAUCUUUAAAAAAAUCUACUCAGAAUUAUAAAGAUAACAAACAUCUAAUAGAUAAUCAUGUCACUUUUAAUGAAAAUAGUUCGAUUUUGACGAAAAUACCAUAUUCAACGGUUGUUCUUCCCGAGUACAAAGCUCUGGGUGUUGAUUGUAAUGCUGCUCAAUUCGAGUAUCUCUUGAAAACAAUAUAUCGUCCUCACAACCAAUACUGUAUUCACGUUGAUAAAAAGUCGAAGCAACCAUUUUGGUCUGCUAUUUUAAAUAUUGCUAAAUGCUUUGAUAAUAUUGAGGUCAUUGAUGAAAAGGAAGCUGUGGAUGUCAAAUGGGGAUUUUACAGUGUUCUAGAACCAGAAAUUAUAUGUAUGAAAAAUCUAUGGAAGAGAAAAACCAAGUGGAAAUACUUGAUCAAUUUGACAGCUCAAGAGUUUCCUCUUCAAACUAUGCAGGAUCUUAUAAAAAUUCUAAAAUCUCUAAAAGGAGCUAACAGUUUAGAAGGAACUGUAGCAAGAAGGAACGUUGAAAGAACUGAGAAAGAUAUUAAUAUGAAACCCAAAAUACCUUUCAACAAAGGAAUUACCAUUGCAAAAGGUGCAGUUUAUUUAGUUGUUCAAAGGGGAUUUGAAACAUAUUUUCCAAGUUUAAAUCACAGUCCACAACUUCACAUUCCGGGAUCAUAUACUGGUAAUCCUGAAACGGAUCCUGUAACAUAUCUAUUUAUUGGGCGAUUCAAAAAUUGGGGAGGUUACCCUUUUGACUAUCCUUGUGCUGGAAAAAGGGUCCGUGGCAUUUGUAUACUAAGUAUUGGUGAUUUAUCAUUAUUGGCUAAUAGGAAAGAAUUAUUUGCGAAUAAAUUUCAUUUGGAUUACCAACCUUUUGCCCUUCAAUGCAUGAGGGAAUUAAUAUAUAAUCGAACGAGAGAUGAAUUAGCUGGUAAGAGAGAAAUUGACCUCUCUUAUUACGAAAAUCUAAAAAUGGUGAAAUAUCAUAUUGGAUCUUCUCUUUAA